AGAAGUGGAUGUCUUAAGAAAAAUCUAGUUACUUGACCCCUUCGGUGAGGCGGGUAUCGUCAAAUUCUAUGAUUACUUCACUUGGUAGGACUAUCAUUGUAUUUUACUUGAAAGGGUAGCAUAUUCAACAAUUUAAACAGCUUGACAUCAAUCUCCAUGAUUACAUCCAAUCACAUACACUCAACAUUAAGGAAAUCCAAUCAAUCUUUAAAUAAGUUACUACCUCACUAAUGUUUAUGCAUUCCCUCGGAAUCACACACACCGAUCUCAAGCCUGAAAACGUUGUCUUUGCCAAUCAACAAAAGUACCCAGAUCAAUUAAAUGACUAAGACAUUUAGUUAAACUAAUAGACAUGGGAGGUGCCACUCAAGCCAAUGAACAUCACAGUACCGUCAUCAAUACUAGGUAAUACAGAGCACCUGAAGUCAUUAUGCGAUGCGACACCUGGGACACCUCAAGUGACAUUUGGAGUCUAGCUUGCCUCAUAGUAGAAUUAUAUACUGGUAUAUACAAAAAACAAACCUCAAUAUAGGAAGAGUUUUUAUUAAAGUAGGCAAUAACGACUUAAUGCAUUUGGCUAUUAUAUAAUCAAUCUUUGGACCAAUCCCCUCGUACAUGAAACAAAGUUCCAAAUUUAAAUCCAGAUUUAAUUUCUUACCUAAAGUCUAGGCUUAAAAAUAAUUGCAUCAAAUCAUUGAAGAUCAAGAUCUCCUUGAUCUACUUUAUUUGAUGUUUUCAAUAGAUCAUCAUCAUAGAAUUAAUUGCAAAUAAAUUCU